AUGGCGUGGAUCUCGAUCCUGGCCACGCUCUACGGGCUGUGGGUUGCCUCGACGCUCUGGAACCUCUUCAAGAAUUACCUGUCGGCGCGCAAGACGAGGCUUCCCAUCAUCGUCUUCCCGCUCAACAAUUACCAUCCGAUAUGGAUGAUUGUGUCGGUGCCCCUGCGGCCCUUGUUCGAAAAGUUCCUGCCCGACUGGAUGUACGAGCCGAUCAACCUGGCCACGUACGGGUUCGAGUUCCGCAGCAAGACGGCCGUCUUCGACAAACGUGGGCCGGCGGUGAUCCUCGUGACGGCCGGCUCCAACGAGCUGAGUCUGAUGGAUCCGGAACUGGCCUCGGAGGUGCUGAAGCGCAUCAAGGACUUCCCCAACACGGACAUUGGCGGCGUCAUCCUCAAUAUCUUUGGCCCCAGCCUGAUCACCAGCGAUGGCGAGAACUGGGCGCGACAGCGGCGACUCAUCGCCCCGAACAUCAACGAGAAGAUCAGCGGGCUCGUCUUCGGGGAGUCGUGUCGACAGACGCGCGAGAUGCUGGCGUCAUACGUCGACGAUCUCAAGGGCGUGACCGACGACACGAUGCGCGGCAUGAAGCAGAUCGCCAUCAACGUGCUGGGCGUCGCGGGAUUCGGCAUCUCCCAGCCGUGGAAGGAGGAAAAGUCCAGCCGCCCCAAGGGUUACCGGACGACGUAUAUGGAGGCGACCAGGACUGUGGUGGAGAACAUCAUCGAGGCCGCCGUGCUGCCGGCCAAGCUGCUCACGCUGCCCAUAUUCGCGCCAGCGUGGCAGAUCAUCGGGCACGCGAAGAACGAGUUCCCCGUGCACACGAGGGAGAUGCUGGAGAACGAGCGCAAGCUGCAACGCGACAGCCCCGAGCCCCGGAGUAACCUGAUGAGCAUGCUGGUUCGCCUCGCGGACUCGUCCCAGCCCCAAGGCGAUGCCGACUCGAAGAACACGCAGGGUCUCUCGGAAGAGGAGAUCCUGGGGAACCUCUUCAUCUUCACGAGCGCCGGGUUCGACACGACGGCAAACACCAUGGCCUACGCGCUGGCCCUGUUGGCCACGUACCCGGAAUGGCAGGACUGGCUGUACGAGGAGAUCAAGGUGGUUGUCGGCGCCGCCGCAGACGCAGAGAGUCUCGAGUACACAGAGGUCUAUCCUCGUCUGCCACGGUGUCUGGCUCUUAUGUUGGAAACGAUGCGAUUCUUCCCACCCUUGACACACAUCGCGAAACAGACGAACUCGACGCACGAUGUCUCGAUAACGACACCCUCAGGGCGAUCGUACUACAUCCCGACCAAGACCAUCGUUUACAUCAACACGGUAUCCCUGCACCUGGACCCGCGCACCUGGGGCGAUGACGCCACGACGUUCCGGCCGUCGCGGUGGCUCGUCUCGCCUGAUGAAGCCCCCUCACGCACCAGCGCGGCGUACACGAUCGGGCAGAACAUCCGAUCGAUGCCCAAGGGGACAUUCCUGCCGUGGUCGGCGGGCCCGCGGUCGUGCCCGGGUCAGAAGAUGUCGCAGGUCGAGUUUGUCAGCGUCUUCAUGACCAUCUUCGCCAGGUACCGCUGCGAGGCCGUCAAGGUGCGCGACGACGAGUCCCCGGACGAGAUCCGCGCCCGCUUCGAGGCCGUCAUGAGAGACAGCCAGCCCAAGUUGACGCUGCAGAUGGCGAGGAAUCGGGACUUGAAACUGCGCUGGGUGGAGCGGUGA